UUCAAGGCCAGCCUGAACUGUGUAGGGAGACCUUAUCAACAAAAAAAAAGAACAAAACCCCAAACGACACAAAAACACUCCUUUGCCAAAACCAGCGUUAUGAAGGUGUUCUCUCAUUUUCUUUUAGAAGUUUUAUAUUUUUGGCUUUUAUAGUUCCAUUUUUAACCCAUUUUCGGUUGAUGGGGGGUAGGGUAAUUUAAAAAAACUUUCCCCUACGGUUAUGCAAUCACCCUACCUACCUCCACUUCUUUAAAGAGAAGGUGGGAUUUUGGAGGGCCCUGGUCAUCUGUCAGCGCCUGUCCGAGACGCUGUGUGCGCGCCAGGAAUUAGCCGGCCGCACUACGACCCCCAGCAUGCACCGCGCGUGGCGGCGCUCUGGAGGGAAACAGCGCGGCCCGGGAGCGUGGCUGUGAGGAAGGGCAGAGCCACGCACACAGGUGCUUCCAAGAGUGGUUCUCGGCCGCCUUCCCUAAAGCUGGGCCCCGAGAAGGCCCAGCUAGCGAAACGGCCAGCCGCAUGAUUCCGACACUAAGACACGCCACCCUCCCUCUGGCCAGUUUGGGUUUCCCCAUUUUCCCGCCGGAACUGACUGGAAGUGGACCAACCGCAGUUGAGUUUGGCGGGCCCGGCCAACCAGAAACGAGCGGUGCAAGAUUAAUUUUGGAAAGAUUGGGCCCGCCACGUUGGGGCCCCGAGGGGAGUAGGGUGUCCGCAUCGGCCACCAUGUCCCGCCGGACCCAUCUGGGCACCUUCACUCCACGCACCAGCUGCCUGGACCUGUGGAAGGAAAAGAACGAUCGACUUGUUCGACAGGCCAAGGGACUGGUGGCUCAGGAGUGUGGUCUAAGACGACAGCAGUUGACUCAGGACAUACUAGAGGGACUCAGCGGGCUCCUCCACAGUCUGAAAGGGCUCCCAGCAGCUAUUCCUCUUCUUCCUUUGGAGUUGACUGUUACCUGUAACUUCAUUAUCCUGAGGGCAAGCCUGACCCAGGGUUUCACGGAAGACCAGGCCCAGGAUAUCCAACAGGCCUUAGAGAGAGUGCUGGAGACCCAGGAGCAGCUGGUGCCCAGGUUGGAACAGAAUCUCAGCAAGCUAUGGGACUCUGUCCUCCAUGCUUCCUCCCUUCUGCCGGAGUUGCUACCUGCCCUGCACCUCUUGGCUGGCCUGCAGGCAGCCCUUUGGCUGAGCACAGACCAUCUUGGGGACCUAGCCUUGUUUUUACAGGUGCUGAAUGGGAACCAGAACAGGGCUUCUGAGGAUCUGUUGCUGCUUCUAAAAACUUGGAAUCCUCCAGCUGAGGAAUCAGAUGCCCCAUUAAUCCUGCAGAAUGCCCGGUGUUUGAGAGAUGUACUUUUGACAGCAUCUGCAUUCCGUCAAGGCCUCCAGGAGCUGAUCACAGGGAGCUUACCCAAAGCACUGAGCAGCCUGCAUGAAGCAGCCUCAGGUCUCUGUUCACGGUCUGUGCUGGUCCAGGUGUAUACAGCACUGGGGAACUGUCUCCGUAAGAUGGGAAAUCCACAGAGAGCGCUGCUCUACUUGAUUGCAGCCCUAAAAGAGGGGUCAGCCUUGGGUCUUCCCCUUCUGGAGGCUUCUAGAUUAUAUCGGCAACUGGGCAACACAACAGCAGAGCUGGAGAGUCUGGAGCUGCUGAUUAAGGCCUUGAGUGUCAUUCAUAGCUCUGAAGCUCCCCAGAUUCUCAUUGAGGUAGAAUUGCUACUCCCAAGAACUGACCCAUCCUCUCCUCUUUACUGUGGCACACAGAGCCAGGUCAAGCACCUGUUAGCAAGCCGAUGCCUACAGAUUGGAAGGGCAGAAGAUGCUGCAGAACAUUACUUGGACCUUUUGGCCCUGUUGUUGGAUAGCUCAGAGCCCAGGUUUUCCCUACCCCUGUGUCCCCCAGGACCCUGUAUGCCAGAGGUUUUCUUGGAGGCAGCAGUAGCACUGAUUAAGGCUGGCCGAGCCCAGGAUGCUUUGACUGUAUGUGAGGAGCUGCUCAGCCGCACAUCAUCUCUGCUUCCUAAGAUGUCCUCGUUGUGGGAAGAUGUCAGAAAAGGAACCAAGGAACUGCCACACUGCCCACUCUGGAUCUCUGCUGCCCACCUGCUUCAGGGCCAGGCCUGGGUCCAACUGAGGGCCCAAAAAGAGGCUGUCAGUGAAUUUACCCGUUGUCUCGAACUGCUCUUCAGGACCAUGCCUGAGGACAAAGACCAAGGAGGAGCUUCCAGCUGUGAGCAGGGGUGUAGGUCAGAUGUGGCACUGCAAUAUCUUCGGGCAGCCGCUUUGAUCAGUCGUGGACUAGAAUGGGUAGCCAGUGGCCAGGAUACCAGAGCCCUACAGGACUUCCUUCUCAGUGUGCAGGUGUGCCCAGGACACAGAGAUGCUUCAUUUCACCUGCUUCAGACUCUGAGGAAGCUGAAUCGGAGGGAUGAGGCCAGUGCUGUCUGGUGGAGGCUGAAGGCUGAAGCUCAGCUGCCACAGGAAGAGGCUACCUGGUCUCUCCCCCUGUACCUGGAAACAUAUUUGAGCUGGAUUCAACCAUCUGACUUUGAAACCCUCCUUGAAGAGUGUCAGACUUUGCUAAGAGAACCUUGUUGACCUGUAGCUGCCACAUUUCCAAGAUCUUGAUGGUACCUGAAUGUACCACAUCCGUGGAAGAGCUUUUUCUGUCUUACCCUGGAGAAUGUGGCUGGAGCUGACCAUUCCUAUAUAACUCCUGUACUGGUGAGGUUGGAAAUAGUCCUAUGAAAUUUGGCCCAUUUGCUGCCAUUCUUGUUCCAGAGGAAACAUUACCUACCACCAAGGAGUCAUUGCCUUUGGUCAUGGCACCUUUUUUCCUGUGGGUUUUUUUUUUUUUUUUUUUUUGAGACAGGGUCUCACUGU